UUUGGUUCUAUUUUUAUGUCAAACAGCACAGAAGUCGGUGACGUUUUACGCUUAUCAACAGCUUGUAGACGGAAAGAACAAGUUACAACGCGCCAAGUGGAAUUCGGUGGAGGAAAAUUCACAGCUGUUGCUGAAAUGUCGCAGCAAGGUGCUGCUCUGCAGAGCUACAACAAUGAAUUAGUGAAAUGUAUAAACGAUUUGUGUCACAAACGUGAUGACAUUCACAAGCAGAUCCUUCAAGAGGAGGAAGAGAAACAAAAACUGCAGAAUGACAUUCGCAUCCUCACAGAACGACUGGCCAAGAUCAAUGAAAGUCUAAGUAAAAAGAUGGCAUCUCGGAAUGAAUUUGACAAGACAAUAGCAGAAACAGAGGCGGCUUACAUGAAGAUAUUAGAAAGUUCACAGACAUUACUAAAUGUGUUAAAACGAGAGUCUCAAAGUCUACGAGAGAAAAGCACUGUGGGAGGUGGAACAUCACAAAGAACAUUGACCCAAACAUGAUCUUAAUCACCAUGUCCUUAACCUGAGAAAAUCUUAUAUAGAGUUACUUCCCUUGCACGACUGUUUGCCGGAUCACCAUUGUAGUCUAUGAGGACCAUCCCAAGGUGGUACCAUUGCAUGUCCAUCUGUCUUAUAUUUUUGUUUAAAAAACUAAGCUGAACCAUCAAAUACCUUGACAUAAAGCUUAAAAAAUAUCUUUAACUAAUUAAGCAUUUUUAGAUAGCAAAUAUGUACAUGUUAACCAAUCUGUACAAGAAUCAGGUUCAGAUAUCUGUUUAAUCAAUCUUUUGAACUUUAAGUUUAUAAGAAUUUUUGUCAAUAUGAUUUUUGAUUAUAUAAAGUGAUAGAGUUGAGAAACUAUAGCUGGCAAGAGAAGAUAAUGUGUUGGACCAAUAUUGUGGGUCGAACAAUAUUUGUCAAACUGUGAUAAAUAACUACUGUAAUGUACUGUAGAUAUUCUAUUAUAUAUAAUGAUGUAUUUGUUCUUGCUUUUCAAUUCUUUGAAUCAUGUAUAAAUUCCUUAUAAUAUAAAUAUAAUUCAAUGCUGAGUGUUAAGUAUGUUUUUAGAAUUUUAUCAGCAUUAUUUCUUUUCACUUUUCUUCAUAUACACAAAAGGGACCAUCACAAUUUGCCUUGGUUUAUAUAGCAAAAGGCGCUAGAUAGUAAGACAAUAUGUUUAUGACUGAUUUAUAGAUAAUUCUCUGUAUCCUGGUACUUUAUCACUUAAUGUUAUGGAAGUGAUUUAUUUAUGAAAGUGUAAUAACUUGAUUUCGUAUUGAAUUAGUCAUUCAGUGCUUUUCUGGUCAAGUUCUUGAUGGGAUUUCAUUUUAUUCCAAAUCAAAACACUUUUAUUAGCAGAUGUAAUCUUUAUGGCCUAAAUUUCCAAAUUAAUUGAAUGUCAUGUUAUGAAUUGUUUCAAAUCCUUUCUUUCUGUUUUUCAAAUGUGUUCUUACUGCUCCUGAUCUUCUCUGAUAACAGUAAAAUCAAAGCUCGUAACUGUACUUGCUGGUUUCUUGUGCAGCAUAUAAUCCCUUGUGUAUAAACCCUUCUGUUGCUGUAGUUUUCUUGUUUUACUGAGAGUGUGAAAGCUGUGACUGUAAGGAAAUUAUGUGUAAAUGGGUACCAUGGAUACGUCGGUCAGUUAUACUAAGUUUAUCAGUCACUGUAGAAAUAGAUAGUUUACCACAAGAAUAAUCGAGGUAACAUAAUUCAAAAUUUUUUGUUGAAGGUGUUAAAGACACCCUAAUACUGUGGAAUCAUUUUUGCAACAGAAUUUACAUCUGUAUUGCAAAAUGCAAGUGUACAAGUGUCUACUUGUACAGUGGUGAGAAACUAGAUUGUGUUGACAGAUGUAUACCAUGUGUUGGAGUAAAUGAUAUAAAUGUG